AUGGCACCAAAGGUUAGGGAAUCAACCUCAAGAAAGAGGAAAGCUCCCUCAACAGUUGCUUACGAGCUUUACCGGUUUUACAGCACACUUUAUGAGGAACAUUACUAUAAUGUUGUAAGCAAGAAGACAGUAAUUCUGGAAGCAAAAUUCAAACUGAAAGCUGAUAAAUACAUGGAAAUUCAAGACGGGGUUUACAAGCAGGCUCAUCGUAAAUGGUUUGACAAGUUCAGCACCAUUAUAUGCAAUCUCGGUUUCACUUGCAGCCCUCAUAAGAAUGCUCUUUUUAUUCGUAAAAGUGAACGUGGGGUUGUUCUUCUACUUUUGUAUGUUGAUGACAUUAUCAUUACUGGAGAUAAUAUAGAUGGUAUCUCUGAUUUUAAAUCAUCCCUUCACUACAUAUUUGAGAUGAAAGAUCUUGGUUCUCUCAGUUAUUUUCUUGGCCUUGAAGUCAUAUCCUCAGAUGAUAAUAUCUAUUUCUCUCAAGCUAAGUAUGCUUUUGAUCUUCUUGCUCGAUUAGUUGGAGGUCUUGUCUACUUGACUGCCACACGACCCGACAUCACCUAUCCAGUUCAUGUUCUUAGCCAGUUUUUGUCAGCUCCUCGUACUACUCACUAUGUUGUAGCUCUUCGGAUUCUUCGUUACAUCAAAGGAACUAUGUUUCAUGGUCUUCAUUUUUCUGCAUAUUCAUCUUUAACCCUUCAGGCUGGUGACUCUCUCAUUUCCUGGCGAGUCAAGAAACAAACGUUCACUGCUCGAUCAAGCACCGAAACUGAAUACCGUGCUCUUGCUGACACUACUACUGAGGUUGUCUUGAUUUGUUGGCUUCUCGAAUCUCGAGGACUUGGGUGCCCCUCAGUCGUCUCCAACUGA